CGACUCGCUCGGUCUCAUGUGAGUCCGGAGGAGGCAGGAGGACCAGCACCGACGACCCCCGACGGUCCUCUCCGGUCCUCUCCUCCUCUCCGGUCCUCACAUGGUUCUCCUCCGGCACAUCUCCAUCGCGCUGACCGCCGCGGUGGCCGCGCUCGGCUCCGCGCUCUUCAUCGCCCUCAACUACUUCUACCGGCGGCGGAUAUGGUCUCCACAGGCGGAGUACCGCACCAUCACCGAGGAGGAGGAGGAGCGCGGGAGGCGGCAGGUCCUGGUCCUCGGUCUGGACGGCGCCGGGAAGAGCAGCAUGCUGCGGGGUUUGACCCCCGGCGAGCCGGCGGCUAAGAGAGGGGGGCGCUGCCGUCCGACCCGCGGCUUCAACUUCAUGAGCCUGAACGCCCCCGCCUGUCAGCUGGACUUCCUGGAGAUUGGAGGCGGUGAGGACCUGCGCCGCUACUGGUCCGAAUACCUGCGGAGGACUCACGUCCUGGUGUACGUGCUGGACUCCGCUGACAGGGGCCGCCUCCCAUUGGCCAAGGCGGAGCUGCACCGCCUCCUGAGGGCGGAGCCUCAUCUGCCCGCGGUCAUCCUGGGAAACAAGCAGGACCAGCCCGGUGCCGCGGGCGUGUCCGAGCUCCGCGAGGCCUUGUCUCUGGGCUCGCUGAGCCCGGACAGGAAGCUGUUCCUCUUGGCCGCCCAGCUGGACUCGGACGGAGGCCCGAGGAACCUGGACGCCGUCCAGGACCUGCUGCUGCAGCUCGUCUGAUCCGGUUCGACCACUUCCUCCUGAAGAAAUGAUGAAGAGGAGGCAGUUGAUCUUUUCCUUCGUGUCCUCUUCCUCCUCCACCACUUCCUUCCUCUAAAUGUCAAACUGCUUCAUUUCACCAUUCAGAUCAAACGUCUAUGGGAACUGAAACGUGUCCCGACCUUACAGAUGCACAGUUUAAAGAUCUUGUCUGAUUGUUGUCGUGUGGGAUCAGUGAUGUCCGCAGAACAGGCAACGCUCAGGGUUGCCAGGUUGGGAGACCUGUGGGCUGAGAAGAUGCUCGACUGCUUCACGGAGGCUUUCCUGGGAUCUGAGGGAGUUCGUGAGGGGAUUUAGAAAAGGACUCGCUGACAUUUGUCUUCUCACAACUCUUCCUCAGAUUCUACACUUCAGAGGAUCUUUUAUUUGAACCCAGUUCCUCUGAGGAACUUCAGAGCUAACAACUGACUCUAGAUCAACUCUACCUGUCAGUUCGUGUCCUGUACUUCGCCUCUGUCUGGUAUUAGUUGGAUGAACGACGUAAACUAUGAAUAUGUUUUAUUAUGUCCAUUGGUCACUGGUUGUUUUUAAAGUAAGAUAUUUUUGAUCAGAUUGUAGAAGUGCAGAUGUGUCGACCGACUGAUCCUCUUGCUUGUGAAGCACAAUUCUGUGAUUUGAUGUUAAAGUUUUAUUCCUUUGGGUGUCGUCUGCAGAUUGUUCGUUGGCUGUUCUCAUAACCGACGACCUCCUUCCUGUUUCCUCGUGUGGUGUAAAGGGAACUGUCCUUUACUAUGAAUUCAUGCAUGUCUCCAUGUUUUUCUUGUUCUUUUAAAUCCGAAGCUGCAGUUUCCAUUGAA